AAGCUUUUUAAAACAACGUGUUCAACUCGCGUCUGUUUCAAGACGAUGACAAAACCACAAGAUCCAACCAUGCCACACCAGUUUGUUUAUACCGACCAGGACUUUGUCACAGAUGUGCACCGAAGCAGUGAAAAGAGUCCAUCACCGACAGCCCAGUUUGACGCUGUCGUCCAAGCCGGCUGGAGCGACAGGAUGGCGAGGGGACUUUUCCGCUACAAUCUGGGUGAUUUACAAACUCGCAUCAUGCCCGGCUCACACAGCUACGUGGCACAGUUGAAUAUUCAAAGAGGAACAGAGAAAAGAAAGCCUCAGGAGAUACUGAGCAUUAAACAGGAGUUCAGCGCCAAACAGUUUAACUUUAACAAAAUCAAUCCAGAGGAAAUUAUAUUUGAGAUGAUAAAGGACACAAAGGAAGGCUCAGCUUCGCAUCCGCAGAGCAGGAUGGUCGUGCUGGUCAACGUCAGUCCACUGGAGUUUGGACAUUGUCUCUUUGUUCCAGACCCGCUGUGCUGUUUACCGCAGGUUCUGACGAGAUUCACCAUCCAGGCCGGCAUCGAAUCUGUGCUCCUGAGCUCCGACACUGGCUUUCGCGUGGGUUUCAACAGUCUAGGAGGAUUUGCUUCAGUCAACCAUUUACACCUACAUGGCUAUUACAUGGACCAUGAGCUGAAGAUAGAAUCCAUGCUCCUCAAGCCGUUGGUUCCCGACAAAGGUUUUUAUCGCUUGUUGGACUUUCCCGCAGGUUUUGUGUUUUACGCUGAAUCACAGGAGGUGGAGAAAGUUGCCCGAGCAAUUUGUGAAGUGACAGACUUUCUUGUCGAUGGAAAUAUUGCCCACAACUUGUUUUUGACCAGAGGAUGUCCUCCCUGUUAUCUGAUACAGGACAAAACAAAUGUCUGUUUGAGAAAAGGUGUUCGUAUCGUUGUGUGGCCACGGAUGUCCUGCUUCGGUGCCAAAGAGAGUUCUGUCUUUAAUGUUGCUCUGUGUGAGCUGGCUGGACAUUUACCGUUCAAGAACAAGAAGGACUAUGAGCUCAGCACUGAGAAAGAUGUGAUGGACAUCAUUGAGCAGUAUCUCCUGCCCGACAGGGAGUUUCACAGCUUGGAACAGCAGCUUCUUCGUCUUUUAACAGAUUCUUAA